AUGCUUGGUUCUUCCUACAACCCCACUCACCGUGUCACCCGCCGUAAGAGCACCACCCUGAGCGCUGCCUCCUCCGCCCAAGCAAUUUCCCAAGCCAUCAACAUCGACCAAUCCAAUGCUGCCCGCAAGUCCAUCUCUUCACGCAAUGCUCUUGGUUCCGUCAGCCAAGCCAGCUACCCUUCUCCUCCUAGCAGCUUGCCUCAGGGCGAUAAGAUGACCGAUGACAAGAAGAUCAAAGCUCGUCGCGGCAGCGAUGGUUCCGUCUUGACCAAGAAGAAGUCGGCUGCUGGUGAGCUCAAGUGCGAAACUUGCGGCAAGGGCUACAAGCACAGCAGUUGUCUGACGAAACACCUCUGGGAACACACUCCAGAAUGGCAGUACACCUCCAAACUCCUCAUUUCCAAGCAUCAACAAGUUCAGCUUCUAGAGGCCGCUUCGGUCCUCGUCGCCAUGAACGGAGAUGCCACUCCUGGAGAUAGCAAACUUAGCGACAGCGACAACUCUUCUGCCUCACCCGCCGCUUCAGGAUCCGAUUCUCGAGAAGACGACAUCAGCUCGACCGAGACGACGCCCCCUCCUCACGGCGAGCAUCCCUUUGGACACAACAAGCGCCACAGCAAUGCCAGCAGCUUUGUGUCGCGCUCAUACCAGUCUGAAUUCUCCGCUCGUCCUGAAUCUUCUCAUGUCCGCCACUGGAGUACUUCUAGCAGCAGACCCAUUACCGCUGCCACCUCUCUUGCCCAGAGCUACCCCGACGAGGAUCAGGCAGACCUCGCCGCUGCAGUCGGCUUACUCAGCUGCAGUUACGGCACCCCUACUUAUGGCCCCACCAGCUUAGGCCAAAACGUGCCCCCAGUACCCCCUCUUCCUGCGAGAUACCAGAACUCGUACCAGCCAAGCUCCUUGGCAAAUGCUCAUCAAUUCCGCGAGGACGUCGACAUGGAAGAGGAAUCCUACUCGGAUGAUGAUGACGAAACCAGCAGAGUCGAUGAAGCUGACGACGGCGUGUUUGGUACAAUGGAAGAGUGA